AAAACUGCCAAAGUGCCAAGUGCAACGGUGGAAAUUCGAACAAUUUUAAACUAAAGUAUACAUCUUUGCCUUCAAAUCAUUUUUAUUAUUCCCUGUUACAACAGUUUUUCCGUUAUUGUGUCAGCAGUAAAUAAUAUGAAAUGCCAUUACGAAGUUCUUGGUGUCCCUUUGAAUGCAUCAGAAGAUGACCUGAAAAAGUCCUACAGAAAACUUGCUCUCAAAUGGCAUCCCGACAAAAAUCUAGAAAACUCAGAUCAGGCCAAAAAAGAAUUUCAGUUUAUUCAAGCAGCCUAUGAAGUAUUAAGUGAUCCCCAAGAGAGAGCAUGGUAUGAUAAGCACCGGGAUGCAAUCCUACUUGGAGCAAAAGGAGCAGAAUAUCAAGAAAAUGCAGUAAAUUUGUUUGAAUACUUCACAUCUGCUUGUUACUCUGGGUUUGGAGAUGAUGAGGAAUCUUUUUAUGGUGUUUAUAGGGAGUUAUUUAGCAGGAUUGCUGCUGAAGACAUGGAAUUUUCACAAGAUCAAGAUAGUGACUUUGAAAUCCCGGAUUUUGGUAAUUCCACCAGCGACUACAGUGAGGUUGUUCGCCCAUUUUAUGCCUAUUGGAGUGCGUAUUGCACGUUACGACCAUACUCUUGGUUAGACAAGUAUAAUAUUGAUACUCUGAAAGAAGUACCUCGCAGAGUACAGCGGCUGAUGGAGAAAGACAAUAAAAAGCUUAGAGAUGUGGGUCGUAAGCAAAGGAAUGAAGAAGUUAGAGCCCUGGUUAAUUUCGUUCGUAAACGAGAUCCACGUGUGAAGGCCUACAUAAAAUUGCUUGAAGAGAAGACAGCACAAAAUGCAUUAAAAACAAAGCUUCAACAAGAGCGCCAUCGAGAGAAACGGCGACAACUUUUAAACGAAACAACUAGCACGACCGGUUUUGGUUUCACUCAAAUGUCUGAUUUGGAAAAACAACUAAGAGAUAUUGAAGCUCAAUAUGCUUCAUCGGUGGAAACUUCGGAUUGUGACAGUGACGCCGAGAGUGACGUUGACGACAACGAAGACGGUACGCCGAAAGAACAUGCAGAUACCGCUUACCAAACAAAUGAAAACCUUGAGAAAAAUAGGAGUGAAGAGCGUGUUUCAAAAGAACAAACACUGGAGAAUAUUACUACUGAUAGUGAAAAUUCUGACGAGGAUUUACUGGAUUUCUAUUGUCCAGCUUGUAAAAAGAAUUUUAAAACAAUAAAAUCACGUGAAAGCCAUGAUCGCAGCAAAAAACAUCAAAAUAAAGUACGUGCAUUACGUAAAAUGAUGUUAGAAGAUGAAAAAGAUGGUGAAGAAAGCAUUGAUGAUAUUGAAUAAAAAGACUUUUGUCCACUUUCUGGAGUGAAAUAAUUUAAAUUGCUUU